GAAUGUGUUUCAGGAUCAGUUAGAAGCCUCUUUAUUUACCCUUAGUUUAGUCAUUGAAGCACUUGUAUUGGAUAGACUGAAAACGGAUAGUACCAAGUUGGAUGGCCAAAUGACAAAUGGUGUCUAUCCAGUGCAACAAUAUAGGAUAGCCAAGUUUGGGAAUAUAUGACCAAAACGAUGUUUUUGUCUGUGGGCACUAUCGCAAAGGGUUGCAUGGUGUCCUGCACACUCAACAAGAUUUGAGUUUAUUUUUUAAACCUUUAUUCAAACAUUUAAAAAGCUACGCGUGACAUAGAAGUGGAUUGCGCUAAUUUCGGUGCGGGAGAGCAAUAAAGGGGUUAAAGAAAGAACAUUGGAAAGUGUAUCAGUAUGGAAGAAAAUGAUCAUAGCAACAGAGAUGAGGAACGUCAAGUGUCGGCGGAUGAGUCAAACAGAGCGAUACUUCCCCUAUUACAAGCGCCGGGAAACAUUCAGCAGAUCCCGCAUCGAGUCACCAAUUUCUUCAUCGAUAAUAUCUUACGGCCGGACUUUGGGCGGAAAAAAGAAGGCAACACAGAGCAAGAAGAAAAUAGUCACGUUACCAGAGAGCACCAUAGCCCGGCUGUUCCAAGAACGGAGCAAGUGGGGAGUACUGUGCCAACGGAAGGAACUUCCACUCCUCAUCCAGGCGGCGUGGCCAAUAAGGCUGAAAUAGUGACCGAAGAGCCCCUGAAACCCCGCGGAGAGAAUGGAGAUCAGUGCCUAAGCUCGGACUCGGAUAGUUCUCAAGCCAGCUCAAAUGUACCAUCCAAACAGCCUAUGCUCUGGCCAGCUUGGGUGUACUGCACCAGAUACUCAGACAGGCCAUCAUCAGGACCGAGAUCUCGAAAACCAAAGAAGAAAACCGCCAGCAAAGAGGACAAGCGACCAAGGACGGCCUUCACAGCUGAACAGCUUCAAAGACUAAAAACCGAGUUUCAAACGAACCGGUAUUUGACCGAACAGAGGCGACAGGCCUUGGCCCAAGAACUCGGUCUUAACGAAUCUCAAAUCAAAAUCUGGUUCCAGAACAAAAGGGCAAAAAUCAAGAAGGCCACGGGCGCAAAAAACACCCUAGCCCUGCACCUGAUGGCACAGGGACUGUACAAUCAUGCUACGACGUCAAAAGAUGACAAAUCAGACAGCGAUUGAUUUCGAGAUACAGAUAACAAUGCAAUAAUUUCACCGAAUAAAGGGCCAGUGUAUAGAAUAUACCAGCAUAAAUUGAUCAAUAUAUAUAGAUAUUUCUGCAAUAUCAUGUCUAUGAAAAUAUGUUGUAAAAAAUGUAUGUUUUCAAUCUCUUGUAACGUGUGUCGUUUUUCUUCCAGGAAAAGUACAAAUGCUUCUUAUACGCUUCAUUUUAUAUUGCUAUUCAUUUUCGAUUUUUACAUUAUAGCGCUUUAAACUGGCACUUGACGUUGAGAUCUGUCAGUGAAGUGAAAAACAACCUGCUUAAGUCCAAAGAAUAUUUUCUGCUGCAUCCAGGCAACUGUGAAUCUUAAUAAAUUUGCUGACAAGAUAUUUU